AUGAGUUUGUAUUCUGAUUAUAAUAAUAUAUUUGUUUCAUUGUUCAGACUUAACACAUUCGAUACAGAUGCUAUUAAUAACUUUUACAAUGACAUCAAAAACAAGAUUAUCGAACCAAAAUUAUUAGAUCCGAAACAAGUGAUUAUACUAAUUGAAAAGGCAUUUAUGCACAAUAUUAAGUAUUAUCCUUCAUAUCUGGCUUUAAUCAAGAAGAUCAAUAAAGAGUAUUUGAUUAAAGAAAACGAAAAUUUGUUAUUAAUUCUUAUAAACAGCAUUCUAUUUAAUUUUAAUAAUAAUAAGACUUAUCUUGAUCAUAUAUUCGAUCCAAAUAACUCUAUUCAUGCAGCUAUUAUCAAUGAUGAUAUAAAAUCAUUCAUCUCGUAUACAAAUAACAAAGAUUUUAAUAUCAAUCAAAAAUUGCAAAUUGUGAUCAUUUCAUCAAAUGCAUACAAUCAAUAUUCAUAUCUAUAUAAUUCAUUUGCAUAUCCAUUAAAUACAUUUUCAAUUCUUGAAUUAUGCUGCUACUGUGGAUCUGUUAAAUGUUUUAAAUUUUUAAGAACAGAAUUCAAAACAGAAAUAACUGAUACAUGUCUUCAAUUUUCUUUUAUAGGAGGAAAUCCUUACAUCAUGAAGGAAUGUCUAAAAGAACAAAUGCCAAAUGAUUUGUGCAUGAAAUAUGCAAUUAUUUCUCAUAAUAUCGAUUUUGUUAUUUUUCUCAUGAAUACGUACAAUAUUAAUAUCAAUUUCGAAUGUUGUUGUGAAUACAAUUUCCUUCAAGGACUAUUAAUAUAUCUUGAUCAAACAAGAAAUUUCCAAAAUUGUUUUCCUGCUGUUGCAAUUAAUUUUACAUUUCUUUAUGACAUCCUUAUUUCCCAUGGUGCCAACAUUAAUGCAAAAGAUUCAUAUGAUAAAGAUGCUCUAUAUUAUUCAUUAACAAACAAAUACAAUGACACUGCCAAACUUCUUAUUUUAAAAGGUGCAGAAGUCAAAAGAAAUACUGAUGGUUAUAAUGAUUAUUGCCAUUUUCAAAUUGCAGUUGAAAAAAAUAAUUAUGACAUUAUGGAUUUUCUUAUUAAACAUGGAGCAAAUAUAAACAUCAGAUAUCAAGAUGGUAAAUCUUUUCUUCAUUACGCAGUAAAAUUAAGUAAUAAAGAAACAAUGAAAUUUCUAAUUGACAAUGGAUUAGAUGUAAAUAUCUUAGAUAAAGAUAAUAAUACAGCCCUCCUUAUUGCAUAUAAGGACAAAAUGAUGGACAAUAUUGAAUUUUUAAUUGAACAUGGCGCAAAUAUCAAUUUAGGUGGAUCUGCACCGAUUUAUCAAGCUUUAUGCAAAAAUGAUAUAAAAAUGGUUGAAUUUUUACUCUCAAAAUACAUUCAUACAAAAGAUAAAUGCACUUAUGGAAAAUCUCCUCUUCAUUUUGCAGUUGAAUGUAAUUAUAAUGAAAUAAGUAAAAUGCUAAUAAGUAAAGGUUAUCUUGUAAGCGAACAAGAUUACUUCAAGAAAACUGUUCUUCAUUAUUCUGUUGAAAAGAAUAAUAUGGAAAUCACAAAACUUUGUAUCUCAAAAGGUGUCAAUAUCAAUGAAAUGGAUUGUUAUCAACAAACUGCACUUCAUUUUGCGACAAAAAAUAAUAACAAAGAAAUGGUUAAAUUUCUUAUUAUGAAUGGUGCAGAUUGUAAUGCAAAGAAUGAUAGUGAUGAAACUCCUCUCAAUAAUGCUAUUUAUUGUGGUAAUAAUGAAAUAAUCAAACUUCUUAUUAUGUAUGGGGCAGAUUGUAAUGCAUGUAAAGAAUGUCUUCAUUGUGCUGUUCAAAGAAAUAAAAUAGAAAUUGUAUCUAUUCUUUUACAUCAUAUCAAAGAUAUAAAUUCAUUGGAUUAUUGUGGACAAACUGCUCUUUCUAUUGCAUCUGAAAAAAACUAUAAAGAAAUUGCAGAGCUUCUUGUUGUUAAUGGAGCAGAUGUCAAUAUGACAAAAUCAGUCAAAAAUAGUCCUAUUUAUUGUGCAGUAACAAAAAAUUAUACGAAUAUUGCAAAACUUCUUAUAUCACAUGGUGCAAAUUGCAAUUUAAAGUAUAAUGGAUUAUCAAUUAUUCACUAUUCUGUCAAAAACAAUAAUAAAGAAAUAUUAGAAAUGCUGAUUCAUCAUGGUGUUGAUAUCAAUACUAAAGAUGAUGAAGGAAGAACUUCUCUUCAUUUGGCAUCAACAAAUAAUUAUGCAGAAAUCGUCAAAUUUCUUGUAUUGAAUGGAGCUGAUUUAAAUUCAAAAGAUAAAUUCAAUAUUACUCUAUUCCAAUAUGCAUUGCGAAAUUAUAAUGUGAAUAUCAUGAAAACUCUAAUUCUUUAUGGCAUUGAUGCGAAUACAAGUGUCGAGAACGGAUUAACAGCUCUCCACUUUGCAUUAUGGAUGCAUGAUAAAGAAAUGAUUGUGUUCCUAAUCUCUCAUGGAAUCAAUAUAAAUUGCCGAAUUGAAAAGGAUGGACGUUCUGCAAUCCAUCUCGCAUCAAUAAUUAGUCAUGAGAAUCCGAAAUACAAUGAACACUGCGUUUAUGAAGAAAUUCUAGAAUUACUCAUUAAUCAUGGUGCAGAUAUCAAUGCGAUAGAUAUUGAAGGCAGAACAGCACUUCAUUAUGCAUCUGAACAAAAUGAGAUCGAAGAAGUAAACAUUCUUGUUUCACAUGGUGCUAAUAUCAAUGCCAUAGAUGAACAUGGGAGAACAGCACUCCAUAUCGCAGCACAACACAAUUUCAAAGAACUAGCAAAAAAUCUUAUUUCACACAAUGCAGAUAUUAAUAUCAAAGAUAUAUAUGAUAAAACAGCACUUUACAUUUCAAUCGAAAACAAUUAUUAUGAAUUGGAAAACAUCAUUGCUUCACAUUAUAAUUCAUAA